CGCACUGCAGCUCGUGUACCGAGUCUCACUUCACUUUGUGCCAUACUCACAGCUAGCAGCAUACCAAGCAAAUCAUGAAGCUCGACGCAACAGAUCUGCGAUACAUCACCUCGGAUGAAUUUCGGGUACUGACUUCAGUGGAAAUUGGAUCGAAGAACCACGAAGUCGUCCCAACUCCACUCAUCGUACAAAUCUCCGGCCUUCGGAAUGGAGGCGUUAACAAGCUUAUCGGGAGUUUGGCGAAACGCAAUUUAGUUGCGAAAGUACAGAACUCCAAGUAUGAUGGCUACAGGCUAACGUAUGGCGGGUAUGAUUAUUUGGCUAUGCGUGCAUUAUCCAAGCGAGACUCGAUGUACUCUGUUGGAAACCAGAUUGGUGUCGGGAAGGAGGCUGACGUAUAUAUAGUCGCAGACGCGGAGGGCAACGAAUUGGUUCUUAAACUCCACAGGCUAGGUCGCAUUUCAUUUCGUGCCAUCAAGGAAAAAAGAGAUUAUAUGGGAAAGCGCAAGUCGGCAUCGUGGAUGUACAUGUCGCGACUAGCGGCGCAGAAAGAAUGGGCUUUUAUGAAAAUCCUUCACGAACAUGAUUUCCCUGUCCCCAGGCCUGUUGAUCAAGCUAGGCAUUGCAUUCUUAUGGAAGCAAUCGAUGCAUAUCCGCUACGACAAAUCGCUGAUGUUCCGUCACCGGGCAAGUUAUACUCGACGUUAAUGGAUAUCAUUGUACGAUUUGCAUGGGCGGGGCUCAUUCAUGGCGAUUAUAACGAAUUCAAUAUUCUGAUUCGACGAGAGAGUGGCGAACCGGUAGUCAUUGAUUUUCCGCAGAUGGUCAGCACGUCACACGAGAAUGCUGAAUGGUACUUCAAUCGCGAUGUGGAGUGUAUACGUACCUUCUUCCGCCGACGUUUCAAGUACGAAAGUGCAUUGUACCCCAGGUUCAAGACUGUUAAAGCCGAAUCAAAUGGUGAACAUGAUAGUUUCCGAUUGGAUGUAAUGGUUGCAGCUAGCGGCUUUGCGAAGAAGGACCAAAAGACAUUAGAAGAGUAUAUGGAAGCUGUCCAAGCAAAUCAGCUUCAGGAUGGCGCAGAUCAGAACAGCUCCGAUGAAGAGGAGGAGGAGGAGGAAGAAGAGAAGAAAAUGACGAAAGCGAAGUGAAUCGGAGAUGCAAGAGCAUAAAGACCUGCAAAACUCUUUGAACACUGAAGUGCCAUCGUGUUCACAACCUGGGCCAAGCGCCGACUCACUCGGCUCCCCUGACCCAAUUUCCCGGCCCAGUAGCCGCUUAUCUCAGUUGUCAAGAUCACCUCCACGCUCCCGCUCUCCUUCGCCUGAUACCUUGGCAAAAAUGGCUGCUUCUCUAAGCCUACA